AUGCGCGUUCGCAAAACUCCAGAGGCUGGUGACGAGGGUGAAUGGGAGGAUGAUACGAACUUUCCCUCAAAGCAGACCUUGCCAGCUACACAGCUAACGGCUGUCCGUACCGACGAGGAUGAUGCAAAUAUACAGCUCUAUUAUCAGGACCUUGACGGCUCUGUCAAAGAGAUGAAGUAUAUUUCUGACGCGAAAGGCUGGCAUGAGGACGAGACGGGAAUCCAGGAUGCCCAGCCAGGAACCAGCCUGUUUGCGCUCUGUGGAGGCAAUAACUUUGAAACGAGAUUGUACUACCAAGACGAACAGAACAAGCUCCAGGAACGGUACACUAAUACCAUGGAGAACUGGCGAAACAGUAAAAUCAGAACAUUUGAGCUGGCACCCAAAGCACCUAUUGGCGCCGUGGCUUGGAGCUAUGACACGAAAGUGGAUGAAUUUAUGGGUCAGAGGAAGUGCCCCCAACGUUAUGUAUGGAAGAAGGAAGGCGAAGGCUACCGCUGCUCAGCAGGGGGCCAUUACAAGAGCUAUGAGGAUGCGCGCGCCGACGCCAAAGCUGAAGGUGUUAUAUGA